AGAGAGAGAGGUAGAGACGUGGGCAGAGGGAGUAGUAGGCUCCUCGCAGGGAGCCCGAUGCAGGACUUGAUCCCGGGACCCCAGGAUCACGCCCUGAGCCGAAGGCAGACGCUCAACCGCUGAGCCACCCAGGUGCCCCAAACAAAUACUGAUUUAGAGGCUGGUGCCAGGCAUUGUUUUAGGCCCUUAAGGUAUAUAUAUAGUCACAACAUUAACCAAAAUCCCUUGCUCUCCAGAGAUCUGUAUUGUAGUAGUAAUUGUUAGGUUCAUUAAUUUUGCAAGGUUGCAGCUGGAAUUGCAGUGAACAGGCCGGGAUUCAACUGCCUGCGUGUGUUUGUGUUUCCAGGCUGAGGGAGGAAGGCUCAAGUACCAAGAGAGGUCCAAGACGCCCAUUCUUUGGGCCUUCUCUUUCUGCCUCAUUUGUGAGAAGCAACGCCCUUAUUCUGGGAAUGGAAAUUGUCCUUCCUGAUUUCCCCAUUGGCUUUGAGAGCAGGAACCUGAGCCUUGCUGCAGAUUUGGAUCUGAAAUCCUCCUCACAUUCUGUUCACUCCUCUGAAACAUCAUUGCCUGAGGACCCGAAGGAUAAAUAUCCUGAGGAGUUCAGCUUGCUUAAAUUACAGACAAAAGAUGGGCAUCGUCCUGAGUGGACAUUUUACCCGAGAUUUAGCAGCAAUAUCCACACCUACCAUGUUGGAAAGCAGUGUUUCUUUAAUGGAGUCUUCCUUGGCAACAGGAGGUCUCUAUCAGAGAGAAUAGUGGACAAGUGCUUUGGGAGGAAGAAAUAUGAUAUUGAUCCUAGGAAUGGAAUACCAAAGUUAACUCCAGGAGAUAACCCAUAUAUGUACCCAGAACAGAGUAAAGACUUCCACAAAGCAGGAUCAACUCUCCCACCAGUGAAUUUCUCCAUAGUGCCUUAUGAAAAGAAAUAUGAUACAUUUAUUCCACUUGAGCCUCUUCCACAAAUUCCUACCUUGCCUUUCUGGGUGAAGGAGAAGGCCAACAGGCUGAAGAAUGAGAUAAGAGAGGUUGAGGAGCUCGACAAUUGGCAACCAGCAUCCCCCUUGAUACACAAUUUGCUCCCUGCUGGUUCUUUGGAUUCCCCAAGACAAUCCUGAACAGAAAGAGGCCCACAGAGCAUGCACUGACUGUAGUCUGGAGAGCCUCUUCCAAUUGACCACUUCUGUCAGUGUGACUGUUCUAAAUCAAAUGUUUGACUUUGAUGAGUAAUCAUUGUGCUUUUCUUUUCUUAACUUUGUAUUUUGAAAAUUUUCAAACUUAAAGUUGUGAGAAUCAUACAAUGAGCAACUACCUACAUAUCCUUCCCCCAGAAUCUACAAUUGUUAACAUUUGUCAAAAUUUGUGCAUUCUCUCUCCCUCUCUCUCAUUGCUAUUAUUAUUUUGUGGAAUUAUUUGAGAAUGAGUGGCAGAUGUCAUAACCUUUUACUCCUAUAGACUAUAUACUUUAAUAUGUAUCUCUGAAGGUCAAGGAGAUCUCCCAACAGUUGCAAUACAAAUGCCAAAUUCAGGGAACUUAACACUGAUGCACUGUUCUACUGGUAGACAGCCUGCCUUCAGUUUUAUUCAAUUAAAUUUAGUUUUUGAAGGAUGCUCUCAAAUCAAUGGUAGAAUGCAGGUAUGAAACUUUCAUUAAUUUGGUAAAGUUGUUCUCAUUUUAUUAAUACUAUUUGAGAUUUUUCUCUCCUAUUCAUUUGGUACAUGUCAGAAAGAUGUGAAGGCUGGAUCGCCAGUGGUAAUUCGUACAUUGUCCUGCUACUCCAUUCCCUAUUUCUGAUGGUUUGUUCACACAGCCAUGCAGAACGAGAGCUCAGUGAGUACCAGUCCUAAAUCUUAGGGCCUUUCAUCAAUCAGACAAGAUGCAAAUACUUGGAGAAAAAGAUGGGAACAGAAGUCAACUGUAUAUAGGUGGGCUGUGACCCUCUGUAGUCAAGCCAGUGACUCGGCAUUUUCAUAGCCAGUCUGCUCUGCCAAGGAGACCCUCUGGUUGGCUAAUGGGGGGUGCAGGUCUGGUCUCCUAAAACCUUAAAGUGGAAAGAGAAUUGGGGCCCAGACUGACACUCAAAAUGCCCAAGACACGAGAUAUGAUUUCUUUCCCUGUCAAAACAAUAUCUCUAGACAUAGCCAGAGUAAAUAAAGCAGGUUUAGAACACAG